AUGCGUUCUCCAGACGUCCAGAAGAACUUGAUGUGUCAUGAUAUAAAAAUUAAUUGUUUUAAAAAUUCUCGCCGAUAUACGGUAGCUGAUAAUGUAUUGAUAAAGAAUGAUAAAAUAAAAUUAUUAAAUGAAACGAUAAUAAAUGUCUACUGUAAAAAUAGUGUAACCGUUGUUGAUGUAUUAAAUGCAUUAAAUGUGGAAAUGAGAGCCGAAGGUGAUACAAAUAAAACAUAG